UCCACAUCAAGUCCACGGCAUGGAUGGAUUCCUGCUGUUGCGCGGCGCUCCUUCCCUCUCCCACACCAGUGCCACCACCAGGUCCACCACUGCGCUACCCCCCUUCCCUCUUCCACCCCCGUAUUCUGUGUCUGAUUCUGGCCCUUGCCCAGUUUUUCCCUGAAAUCCGAACCACCUUGCAUCGAGGCCAGCAACAGUCAGCGACUGCUCUCAACCGACCGGACCGCCCAGCGCCUCCUUUCAUCACUCACGCACUCAUCCACUCCGCCUUCCCACCCCGUCCACCCCUUUGCUUGGCGAUCUCUCCUUCCCUUUCCCUCCCUUCCAUUUCUCAGCUUUUUCUUCUACUACGUACGAAUAUAACAAACAACAAACAAAACCACUGAAUCCCUCCGCAUACCCGUUUCCCCCGUCCCUCGUCCUCGUCCACCCCGCCAUAUCCACGACGACGACAACGACGACGACGCAGCCGCCGCCGCCCCAGCGAAACGACUGAGCCCACGACGACGAUACGGCUCCACGCUUCUCUACCCGGCGCCUUUGAGAGGGACGCCCUCCCCAAACCCUCGACCCUUCGCUUCGUGUUCUUUUUUGCUGGAAGAGGGACUUCGCCCUGAGCGACCUGGAACUCUAGAGGACUCGCACCGCACCAAACCGAGAAUCAUCGGCAGAUAACCUUCGCUAGCACCCUUUUUCCCCUGCCACGAAAAGUCACCUCCCUGCGACGCAUCGCCUAAGACGAUUCGUUCCUUCGAUCGACCGCAUCAGCUAUCUCCUUCGCUUCUACUCGCCCUCUUCUUCUCCUUCCGCCAUCAACACUUCCCGUCUGGAACGACCCGGAUUCUAUGAUUGCCUUAACCCUGGACUAGACGCUUGCCAACUUUCCCAUUCCUUCGCUUUUCGCCGUCUAAUCCCCACGACUUCCGCCCUCCGUCAAGCGGACCACUUGACCUUCACCUAGACGGCAACGACGAACAAUCGCCCAUGAUGCGGUUGUCAUUCGCAAAGCCGCUGCUCCUGCUCGGCUCUCUGGCCGCCUAUCUUACCACCCCCGUCAUGGCCGCCGAGCAGUUGCUGCAGUCCAACUCACUCAACACCUGUCAGGAUGACUCGAGUUUCACGGCCAGUCUGUUCAACGUCGUCUUCACCCCUAGCAAUGGGAGUGCUGCCAUUAACAUUGUGGCCGUUUCCUCCGUCCAGGGCAGCAUCGUUUUCGAUGUCUCCAUCUCGGCUUAUGGUUACGAAUUCCUGAGGCGUACCGUUGACCCCUGCAGCAUCAACCUCGCUGGUCUGUGCCCCAUGACUGCUGGAAAGAUCACCAUGAACUUCAACCUCCCCGUGGGCGAGGACGCUGUCGGACAGAUUCCCGGUAUCGCCUACAACAUUCCCGAUCUCGACGCCACUGUCCGUGUCUUUGUCAACUUGACCGAUACCGACGAGAGUGUGGCUUGUGUCGAGGCCGACAUCUCAAACGGAAAGACUGUCGACUUGAUUGGAGUCAAAUGGGCCACCGCGAUCAUUGCCGGCCUGGGUUUGAUUUCCUCUGCCAUCAUUUCAGGUCUGGGUCAUACCAACACUGCCGCCCACGUUGCUGCCAACACCCUGUCGCUCUUUGGCUACUUUCAGUCUCAGGCCAUCGUCGGCCUGACCGGUGUACACCUGCCUCCCAUUGUCCAAUCCUGGACUCAGGACUUCGUGUGGUCUAUGGGCAUCAUCCGCGUCCAAUUCAUGCAAGACAUCUUCACCUGGUACCAGCGGGCCACAGGUGGAACGCCGGCCACCCUCCUCAACUCUUUGACGACCACGUCUGUUCAAGUUGAGAAGCGUUCCCUGGAUUGGGCCGUUUCCGCCGCCAGGAUGGCCAGGCGCGGUAUCGAGGCAGGUGCUUCUGUCGUCGCCAAGAGAGCCAACAUCCAGCUGUCUUCCGGCAGCUACAUCGUCUUCGGUAUCCAACGAGUCGCCUUCCGAGCCAAGAUCGAGUCGACCAACCUCUUUAUGACCGGAUUGACCUUCUUCUGCAUCUUCGUCAUCUUUACCGUCCUUGGGGUCGCCGCCUUCAAGGGGUUUUGCGAGUUGGCAGUCCGACAGAAGUGGAUGAAGAGCGAGAAGUUCUUCGAGUUCCGCAACGGAUGGUUCACCGUCUUGAAGGGCAUCCUCUUCCGCAUGACUCUGAUUGGUUUCCCUCAGAUGACGAUCCUCUGCCUCUGGGAGUUUACUCAGGUCGACUCCGCCGCCGAGGUCGUUCUCGCCGUCUUCUUCCUCUUCGGCAUGGCUCUCACCCUUGGCUGGGCCUCCUUCAAGGUCAUCCGCAUCGCCCGCCGGUCUGUCGCCAUGCAUCGCAACCCGGCCUACAUCCUGUUCUCGGAUCCCCAGGCUCUGAACAAGUGGGGCUUCCUCUACGUUCAGUUCCGCGCAUCGGCCUACUACUUUAUUGUGCCUAUGCUUGGCUACACCGUUGUCAAGGGCAUGUUCGUCGCGUUCGCCCAGCGUAACGGAACCAUCCAGGCUAUUGCAUUUGUCAUCAUCGAGGCGGCGGCUCUCAUCGCUGCCAGCGUCCUCCGCCCCUGGAUGGACAAGAGCACCAACUCGUUCAACAUUGCCAUUUGUGUCAUGAACUUCCUCAAUGCCAUCUUCCUACUCAUCUUCUCGGACGUCUUCGGCGCUCCGGCCUUGGUCAAUGGUAUUGUUGGUGUUGUGCUCUUCAUCGCCAACGCGGCUUUCGCUUUGAUUCUACUGCUCCUCGUUAUCGUUAGCAGUACUUUGAUCUACUUCCGCAAGAACCCGGAUGCUCGCUACCAGUUCAUGGCGGACGACCGCGCCUCGUUCAUGAAAUCGCAGACUCAGCUCAACACGACGACGGAACUGGAUGCCCUGGCCGCCACCGCCCGAGGUGAUAAGGCGCACUACAACAAGGGACUUGAUCUCGACGACGACAACGACUCCAUCUCGUCCGAGUCCUUGCGUCGCCGCGCGGAUGCUUCGGGCGUUGGCGUGCCGCAGUCGGCCGCUCAGUCGGCAGCACAGUCUCAGCACUCUCUGCAGAGACCCGGCGGCCAGAACAGCCAGGCGCCCCAUUCUCCGGUGGACCCCUCGAUGCCUCUGUUCCCGGCCGACAACCGCAACCCUUACGGACAAGCCCCGACGAGAACCCCGAGCCCGUACAACGGCUCUGCAUCAACGCUCUCUGCCAAUGGCAACCCCAACCAGUUUAGGCAACAAAACAACGCCAGCCCCGCACAAUACAGAUUACAAAACAACGCUAGCCCUUGGCAGCGAGGUGCCGGUUAUGACCACUAGAUAUGACUUACCAUGAUGAUAAAUCGUUUUGACGGAAGAUACCAUACCGCACGGUCUGCUGGUGCCUUUGUUGUUGGAUGGCAUGGCUCGUGAUGGCAGGACAGUUGGUCAUACCAGCUCUCUGUGACUCGACCAGGCUCAGUUCCGUUUUGACGCACCGGACGUGUGCGAAGAGGUGGGCCCUUACCUUCAGUUGUGGCGAGCAUGGAGGCACGGCACGGACGGAGUGGUAUCUUUCUUAUGUUUUCCUUGCUUCAUCACACUGUUCAACUUAUAACUCUUGUCUCUCUGGCAUCGAGGACGGCGUCCCAAGAUCACGGCGUUGAUUUGUUAUUUAUGUGGGACCGCCGGACACGCCAACCAGGGUGGUUGCUGCGCUGGAUUGGGAUUUUUGACAUUCGGAAAUAUGUUGCAAUUGGCUGAUGGAGAGAUGACAUUCUCACAUAACGGCAACCAGUAGCAGCAGCCAUGAUGAUGGAUUGGAGGAUCGGAAUACGAGGUCCAAAAGGACCAGCCUGGGGACGAAGAAAAUAUUGAAUCUUCGUAACCCCUGGACAAGGAAACCCCCACAAAAGCCAUAUAAAAAUAGCUAAUGAAUUCUCUCUGUCACCAUAACGACCUUUCCCAGUCGAGCGCUUGUCUUGUCCGAUGCAAUACGGCUUUUGCG